AUGCAGCCAGCUGCACCAGCUGUUGUUGUCAACGACGACGGUGUCGAGGACGAUGACAUGCCGCCGCUCGUUGACAACCCGAAUAGCUUAAACAAGACGUCCUACCACGCGUAUGACGGCCACCUUGCGUUAUCUUCCCAGGUAACACCGUCAGCAAUCAACAUCACGUCCCCCACCGCCAACACCGCUCCAAUACCAGGUGUAGCUCAACCCUUGUCCAAGCCUGACCCCGCCGACCCCACCCACCACAUGCCCGUCGCCUCGUCGUCCUCAUCGUCGUCGGCGGGCGCCAAAGCCGCUUCUGCUCGCCGCUCGAGGUCCAAACCACGUCCCAGACGCGACGAAGGCCGCAUCCCGAGACCCCCCAACGCUUUCAUCCUCUUCCGCUCCGCCUUUAUCCGCAGCCAGCACAUCCCAGAUCGCGUCGAGGGCAACCACAGCAACCUCUCAAAGAUCAUUGGGAGGUACUGGAAGACACUGCCCCCAGAGGAACGCGCAGAGUGGGAGGCCAAGGCGCAGGAGGCUGCGCAGGAGCAUCGAGAAAAGUACCCGGACUGGCGGUUCCGGCCUGGCCCGUAUGAGAUGGGAGGCAAGCCGAAGACUAGGGAGACUGGUGGAGCUUCGUCGUCGUCCGGACGCCGUAACACCGUCAGCAAUGCCAAGGAUCCACCCGACGACCCCGAGUCUUCUUCAUCUUCUCCUGUCGAUACCAAGGAGCAUCCUGAGGGCACCAGCGGGAGCAAGUCCAAAGGGAAGGGUAAAGGGAAGGAGAAGGAGAGCGUAGGGGCCGCCAAAGCACGCACCAUCCUCGAACAACGCAACUCUCGCUGCGACAAGAUCGCCACUCUUCUCGUCGAAGGAAAAUCUGGAGCCGAGCUCGCCAAUGCUGUCGAAGAAUGGGAGGAAGGCAACAAGAGGCGAAACUCUGUGCUGGGGAAGGAGCCCCUAUCUGCGUCAUCGAGUUUCGCCGGUCCACAUCACCAUUCACAGCACCAACUGCCUUCUCCGACUCAGCACUAUGAUUCGACUGCAAGGAGCGCCCCUAUCAAAGGGAUCUCAAGCGUUCCUCUCACUCAGAUGUUCACUUCUCCUAGCUCGGCGACGCCGUCCAUCGCUGAGCUUUGUCCGCCAUCCCCUUCGACCUCCCCACGUUCUUCGGGAUACCCCAAGCCAUCCGGCUGGGGUCAGGGCGAUAUCGAACCCUCUCCACCAUCCACCUUCCAUCGGUCAUCACCGACUGGAGAUCAAUUCUGGUGGGAUACCAGCUCUGCAACACCCAACCCCUCUGCGACACUAUCAUUCGACGACAAGACCUUGCCGCCGGCUCGUAGUGGCGCCGACCUGAAGCACGAAAACCUCGCUGACCUUGGAUACGAGCGCACAAACACCAUGGACGAUUGGAGUAACAGAUUCGAAAAGGGUGCCUAUGGAUCGUUAAACGAUCUCCCUUCGGAUGGAAGCGAUACGGUUACUGGAUGGACGACCACCUCGAGUGACGGAGCUAAUCGCCAUGGACUCCAUACCCAUCGGUCAUCGCUCACUGCAAAUUCAUCAGCUGGACCGUCAGCGAUCGGAGCCCCUCCUUCGACUGCGGCCCCUGGAGCCCCUUUCUUGUAUCAUCCUCAAUCUCAACCUCAAGUGCACGUUCAGCCCCAAUUCGCUGCAACAUCGUAUUCCACCCUCACCGGCUGGGCGGGGGAGUUGAGUUAUCAUCCACACCAUCAGCAGCAUCAACCCUCUCCGUUGCACCUUCAUCAGCCGCACCCACACCCACAGCACCACCACCAGCAGCCGCAGCACCAUCCUCACCAGCCGCUGUCGAUGGUUUCGAAAGGGCAUGUCCCACCGCUUCCGACCUCGAAUCCACCAGCUCGGGCGAGCUUUUCUACACCUCUCAGCGAGUGGCACACCCAACCUCAGCCUCCAGUACGAGACCCUUGGAACAACAACUCGCACAUGCAGCCCCAUCCGUCAGGGCAUCAUAUGGAGUUAGGGUUGGCUCGUAACCCGGAGGAGUGGGAUACGGUUGAGGCUGGCGUUCGUGGGCUUGGAGGGAUGCAUCAAGGAGGCUCGUGA